CGCCCACCUCCACAUGCACACACCCGCGGCGGGAGGAGGAGCGGCAUCUUCCUCGCCGUCUUCGUUUCGCCAAUUUAAUUCCCCCUUCCCGUGCUCGCCCCUUUUCCUUAAUUUUUUUUUUUUAAUUUUAUUUUAUUAUUAACACUGUAAUUAUUUGUCGGGGUGCUCCGGCCGGCUCCCGCCGGAGAGGGUGGAUUAUUCCUCGGGGGAUCCCCGCGGCUCCUGGGGAAGGUUGCUGACACUGUGGCUGCAGUUUAGUCAAGAGAUACCAACGGAACACUAAUAUUUGGAGAAACUCUUGGAUACGUACAGUUCCUCACCCAGGAUGCCUUUCAAAGCUGGAUUAGAGCUGACUGAAUUGCAGAAUAUGACUGUCCCUGAAGAUGAUAACAUCAGCAAUGAUUCAAAUGAUUUCACAGAGGUGGAAAAUGGCCAGAUAAAUAGCAAGUUUAUUUCGGAUCGAGAAAGCAGAAGAAGUCUCACGAACAGCCACCUGGAGAAGAAGAAAUGUGAUGAAUAUAUCCCGGGAACUACUUCACUGGGGAUGUCCGUCUUCAACCUCAGCAAUGCGAUUAUGGGCAGUGGGAUUUUGGGUCUCGCUUUCGCUUUGGCCAACACGGGAAUUCUCCUUUUUCUGCUGCUCUUGGUUUCAGUGACACUGCUGUCUAUUUAUUCAAUAUAUCUCCUGUUGGUGUGUUCAAAGGAAACAGGCUGCAUGGUGUAUGAAAAGCUGGGCGAGCAGGUCUUUGGUACCCCAGGGAAAAUGAUUGUCUUUGGAUCUACAUCGCUCCAGAAUGUUGGAGCAAUGUUGAGCUAUCUCUUCAUAGUCAAAAAUGAGCUGCCUUCUGCCAUAAAGUUUCUAAUGGGAAAAGAAGAAACUUUUUCGGCAUGGUAUGUGGAUGGGCGGCUUCUUGUUGUCACGGUGACGUUUGGUAUAAUCCUCCCUUUAUGUCUCCUUAAGAACUUAGGGUAUCUUGGCUAUACCAGUGGAUUUUCAUUAAGCUGCAUGGUAUUUUUCCUGAUAGUGGUUAUUUACAAGAAGUUUCAAAUUCCCUGUGGCGGAUCGGAGCUAAAUGCAACAUCACCUAUCCUAUCAAAUAGCUCAGCACAUGAACAUAUGUGUAAGCCAAAGUAUGUUAUCUUUAAUUCCAAGACCGUGUACGCGUUGCCCACCAUUGCUUUUGCGUUUGUGUGCCACCCAUCAGUCCUCCCGAUCUACAGCGAACUUAAAGACCGUUCACAGAAAAAAAUGCAGUUGGUUUCCAAUAUCUCAUUUUUUGCCAUGUUUGUGAUGUACUUUAUGACUGCCAUAUUUGGCUAUUUGACUUUCUACGACAAUGUGCAGUCAGAUCUGCUUCACAAGUACCAGAGCAAAGAUGACAUCCUCAUCCUGACCGUGCGCUUGGCUGUGAUCGUUGCGGUGAUACUCACGGUGCCAGUGCUGUUUUUCACUGUGCGUUCAUCAUUAUUUGAACUGGCUAGGAAAACAAAAUUUGACCUAUGUCGUCACGUUUUGGUUACUUUUGUUCUUUUGGUUAUCAUCAACCUGCUAGUCAUUUUCAUCCCAACCAUGAAGGAUAUUUUCGGAGUUGUAGGGGUCACUUCUGCCAAUAUGCUGAUUUUCAUUCUCCCUUCAUCAUUGUAUUUAAAAAUUACACAGCAGGAUGGAUCCAAGUUGACUCAGAGGAUUUGGGCUUCUCUUUUCUUGGCGCUGGGGAUAAUGUUUUCCCUAGUGAGCAUUCCCUUGGUCAUCUAUGACUGGGUACAAUCAGGAGGCAGCACCGAAGGCCACUGAAGGUCACCUCCUUCUGAAAAGAAGACACCCCUGUUUGCUACACACCAAAAUCGCAACCAUCCGUUCUGUUAUCUAUUCCAUCUUUUGUGAGUUUACUCAAAUCAAAUCCAAAUAAUGAUUAUCCAGUACUGAAAAUACUGUUAUGGGUGUAUUUUCUUGCAGAAAACAGACCCAUUUUUCCAACAGGCAUAUCACUCUGUCCCCCGAUACUGAGUUAUCAGAUCAGCCUAAAGUCUGUGUUAAUUGUCUGUGAGACUAUAUAAAGCAUUAUUCAUAGAAAUUCAUCACAAUUAAUUUGUUUCCCCUCUUCUGCCCAUGAAUUGCAUUGUUCCAUUAUUAUCCUUAGCCCUUCAACCUGCUGUGCUCCUUUAGGCAGCAGCGCCUCUUGUUAUCAAUCCCAACUGGAGUGAUGUCGGUUCACAUCCUUCCCCACACCUUUUAGCCAAAACUCUGCUCUCCAAUUGUACACAACCAGUUUGUUUGUUUGUUUUCUUGUUUGUUUGUUCCAUUGCUGUUUCGUGCACCAUUUGCCUCACUGGGUUAAGUGUAGCAUUCCGGAUAUGGGCACAAAAGGCACCACGAGAGCGUAAAUGAGUGUUGUAUAAGCGUUAUGUCCUAAAUCUGGUGCUUCUCUCUGGUGUUCUGGUGGGGGAGCCAACCCCAGGGCCUGGCUGUUUUGUGGCUUUGGGGAACAGACCUGUGUGUCUUUGUGAUGGGGUGCAGGGAGCAGGAGAAGGACAGCCGCCACCACCAGCCACCAUUACCCUGGCACACUUCAGCUGGAGCCUGACCAGAACUAGACUUGACCCCAAGACAUCAGUACUUGAGCCUGAAGAGAAGCAGGCGGUCGGAGAUUUCCAUAGGAAGUCUGCGUUUUCUUCAGCACUAAACUGUUUACUAAUGCCCCACUUCUCUCAGAAAAAAAAAAAAAAAAGUGGCAAGCUCCAGUUUUACCAAAACCUACGCGUUAAAUCAUACCUCAUGCCUUUUCCAUUCCGGGAUUCAUUUGUACAUUCCUUGUAGAGACAGGCUCCUCUCUUGUGUCUUACCCUCCUCCCACUGAAGUCAACGGGGGUUUCGACUUCAGCGGGAGCAGGAUUUGACUCACCCUGCCAAACUACUGCAUUUCUCAUGGAAACUGAAAUCUUUAACAUUUCUUUAAACAAACAGAAACAGUUUUUAUAUUUAAAAUGUUUCAUUUACAUUUCUCAUCUAUUCUCCAUAACAAUUAACAAAAUUCAAUUACUACUAGCAGAAACACUGUAACUUGCAUCUGUUGUCCACAAAAUAAGCAUUUGCCUAAUGCCUUAUAGCUGGUGUAGAGAACUACUUGUAGAGACUCAAACGCUAAGCAGGUGAUCGUUAACCAUCCCGAGCAGACAUCUAUUAGUGCACUGCCAGCAGCAUCAACGUGUUCACUUUGUGUCAUUCACCAUGUGAGCUAAAAAGUGUCUCAAAAUAUGAACCCGGCUCCCGCCGAAAGAACCGACGGCCAAAGGGAGUCCCGCUUCAUGCCCCAGGGCUGAGCGAUGCCCUCGGUGUGCUCAAGCCGUACCUGUCAGUAUGCAGUGACCCUCUUGUUCCCAGUAGCUGGUUCAUUGCCGACUCCCAUUGCAACUAUGGAAGGAGACUGUCAUUGCCAGCUUGCUAUUUUUAAGGUUAGGGAUGGAGAAUUCAGGAUCUCGGGAUUUCUGUGAGCUAUUGAAUAGCCUCAGUUGCCAUUGCCUUGUCCUACAUGGCUUGAAGUCACCGAAAGUUGAGAUCACAGAGCACUUCUCAGGACUUUGAAAGACGGUUUCUAAAGGUAACAUCCAGAGAAGUUAGUUUGGGGCCUUCUUUGGAAUUUGGGCAUCGAGAUGCGGAGCGUUCAUGCUGCAGAAACUAAGCCUACUAAACCCAGAUUUCUAGGUCCGUACCUCAGCCUAGGCAGCGAGGUACCCAGCUCUGCCGAUACUCCACUGUGAUCCAGAAACCAGGCAGAGUGGACUCUGCAGGCUGCCCAAGUCCUCAGAGUAGCCCAGCAGCAAGAACAAAACUGGAAGCCUCCUCCCUCUGGGCAAAGUGACCUGCUAGGCUGCAGAAUGGGGUUCACUUACCCUGUCAUCCUCCUGGCCCCUCAGACCUUCUCUCACAGGCUCCCAGCAAGGUCUCCGGUGUGGCGUCCUUCCUCCCAAGCAUGCCCUGGCCCAGCGUUUAAGACACGAACCACUGAGCUACCUGGGAGCCCCAUGCUGAGGUCACUCUCUUUCCUGCAGCUGGUCUCAAACCUUUGCCUGCAAUGGUGCAGGUCACCACUUCUCUCUGCGCUGUCUCUUCAUGAGACUGAUCCCUGCCCUUAUUCACGAAGUCCAUACAGUCCAUACACAGAAGCCUAUGAGCCCAUGUGUUACUCAAGCUCUGCAGAGAAGUUCCUGUCUCCUCGCAGCUCGUUCCAGGCAUCUUCCCAGCUCAGGAUGUAAGUUUGUGGCUCCCCCUUUUGCAGGCACCCAGCCCUCCCUGGUCACUGCAGCAGGAGCCCAGCAUCUCACUCCAUUCCCUGAUUCAGCUUGCUGGGGUCACAUUUCAGGGCUUGAGGUGCCUUAUAAUCUCUCUGGAUCUUAUCCUAAAAAACCUAACUCAGACCUGAGAAUGCUGUACAGUGUUAUCCUCAAGAUGCUCCAGGGCUUUCCUGCUUUCAUCCCCCCCUUUAUCCUUCUUCUGCUACUGGUUGAUGAGCAGUGCAGCUCUGUGCAUUGGGGGAUUGUGAGAGAGGAGAUCCUGGGAGCAACUUUCAAGUACUCAGGUAUGAGCUAGAGGUCUGAUCUGCUGCACAGGGUACCAGCAAUGUCACAACUGCGACAUCUCCCUCCCACCCCCACCCUGCAAAUAAUCUGUAGUCUCGUGUUCAGAGUACCAACCAUUGAGUUUUGGCACCCAGCUUCCUUCGACUUGAAGGGCUGUUGGGUUACUGAUUGCUCCUUGCAUCUUCCCAAAUCUCCUCCAUCACUAUCCUUCUCUCUCCUCUUUGCUAUUCUGCCUUUUUCUUUUUCCCAGUUUAUUUGUAUACUGGAGUUUUACUGGAUAAAUAGGGAGAAGAAUGAGCUGGGUGUGUGCAUAGAGUGAAAUUACCCCAGGUACUGGACCAUCAAAGCAUAUCUUGGAUACUGAAAAAUAGAUACCCAAAAUAUUAAGUCUCUAAAUAGACUUUGUUUCUGGGUGUCAGGAAAAAAAAAAAAAAAAGAAAAAAAAUAGAGGGAAUUUUGCUUAGACUGAUUUACUGGCAUCAUAUUUAUAGAUAUUUAUGGAAAGGAAUCAUGUGUUUAUUGAUGUCUGUGGUAAUGAACGUGAAAUAACGUGCUUUUUGUUUUCUCAUCAGGUUUAUACAUUCUUAACAGAAUGCAAUAGACCCUGCUGUAACUGUCAACAUCAGUGAUGGAUGACAAUAUUUGUAUGAGGUUAUCUGUAAAAUGUACUGCUGUUAUUCAGUUCAUUUGGAAUAGUGAACUUGUAGCCAACGAUGUACGAGUCCCACAUUUUAGCUAGGAUUUUAAGAGCACAGUGAAAUGCUGUAGGAGUUUCUCUGUCGUUAAAUUAAUAGGAUCCAGAGUACCGUAUCUACUUAGUAGGUGGUAGCAUGCUUUCUUUUCAUAGAGAGUUUAUCACUAUUGUGAGCACUGCAAAUGUCAUAGACUGGAUGCAAAAUUGCUCCUAAUAGCUACAACAAAAUACUUUAAAAUUCUUGGUUGUGUAAUAGCAACAAUUGAGUGGUGAGGGACACGGAAGGACUAAUUAGAAGCAGGGGCUCCUAAUAAGAUUGUAGGAGUUAAUCCUACACUUAAAAGACGGCCUUGCUGCCGCUCCUAGUCCACAGCACAUUGCAACGAAAAUAGUCAUGAGCUUAAAGCACCCUUAUGGUUGCAGAACACAGCUGCCCUUCUCUGUCCGACGGCAAACACGCCUGCUAAGUAAAACACAGUAAAUUAUUAUUUGGGAACAGUAUCUUGGGAGCGGUGACCUCUCUGGGUGAUGCUUGCUCCUGAUCAGAGGGCCAAUGCCAAAUCCAUGCACCGGCACAGACCUUUUGUAGGGCUGACACGGACUGAGUGGUGUCCAGCCUGUGUGCAGGUCCAGGGCAGAACGGCUGGUCUCAUCCCGCGAGGUCAGGGAUGGGGACACCCAUCUGUUCCCGAGGGCUGCUUUCCCAAGCCACAUACCGACCCGUAGCUCCUGCUCCACUUGCAAUAGGUCACACGUGCAGACGCAGGUUGGAUGAGAUAUGGGUUGUGUGUGUACCUCUGCCUUACAACGCACCACAGCUCUCUCUGAUACUAACAGUAACAAUGAAUGGUAUCUCUAGCUUACCUUUAAAUGAAUACGUUUCUUUGCUUGAACCUUACAUUAAGGCUAAAGAGCAUCUUGGUCAAAACAAAACUCUUUCCACGUGGUGGUGUCCCACCUCCAGUCCUACCGUCCCACCCCAGUGCCUGUAGGAGAAAGGCACAGCAGAAUGUACUCAGCUCCAUCAGCAGCUCCACGAGAUGGCUUUAUCGCCUGGCGCCAGGGUACUUUCUUAAACAAUUCCCCAGAGCCCUCGGCGUCAGGAAAAUCCUUAUUUCCUAUAACUUACACAAAGAAUGUUUUAUUUGUAUCUAAUGUAAGGAUUUCUGUAACAAACUGUGAAAAAAAAAAAGAUAAUGAAUUAAUAAAAAGUACAGGGCUGGAAAGGUCUCAAAUUCACAAAUUGUACACAUGCCUAUGUUUCUGAAGACAAAUCUAUGCAGUUGUGUUGUAUUGUAGGAAAUUUCAUUUUUAUGUACAUAUAUAUAUUGUAAAUAAAUAGGAUGCUGUAUAUUUUUGCAGUUGUUUAUCCCCUAUGAUAUAGAAGUGUUGAGAUAGGCUCUGCAUAUUAAGAAUAAUUUUAAUAGAAAUACAAAUACUUUAGCUUCUGACUUAGCAAAAUGUAUAUCCUUUUCUUUCUCCCAAGAGUUCACAAGUUAAAUCCUAAACUUGAAAUGAUAAUUACAUCGCUAACGUAACAAGAGAAAGAGAAAUAAAAGGAGCAAUGAAAUUGCCAGGAGUAAGCCCAGCGCGUGACUCCCUGUUUUCUCAACAGCAAGUUAGCCGGUCUGCCUGCUGGGGAAAAUAUCUGCCUUGUAAAGGGCCCCUUUGGUACCCAGGUACCUCUUACCUCCUCAGCUGAGGUCGGGUGGUAGCAAAGUGCUGAAAAGGUUUUUUUGCAGAAACCAGAGCAAACUGCAGCCAGCAAUUGGACCCAGCAUUAUGCCAUGUUGUAUCCAGGCAUGUAUUUACCCAACUAGUACCAACAGAAGUCGGGGCAGGACUUCUGCGUUUCCAUUUUCAGCCACCAGAAAUGCCUGUAGUUCAGGAAAAAAAAGAGUACUACAGGCCAGGGGUGGGCAGCAAUCAGAGCAAUCCGUGCCAUUUCUAUCCCGUUUCCUUCCUGCGGAGUCCUGCGGCAUCUCCUCCGCUGCAAAGCCAGGCACGCUGCUAUCAUACAACCAAAAGGCUAGCACCUGAGGCUGAUGAGAGCAUCCCCAGCCAGGGAUUUCUUGCACAUCCCACCCUAGGAAUGGGCAGAGGCCAGUAUUUUGGUCGUGGGAUAGCUGCAUGUCCAGGGGUGGGGGUGAUGGGAGGGAAGGGUUGUGUAUGCCCUGAGAGUGCCUCUGUCAAGAGCCUUGCGUAGACUUUCUUGCUGGUAAAGCACGUAAACGUGAGGUUUUUUCAGGAUUGCUGAAAAACGGAGGUUGAGAAAUUGAGAAAUGCAUCUAAAAAUAAUUGUAUUUUUUUUCCAUGUUUACUUUAUGGCCUUGGAUGAAAAUGAAACUUGAAAUAAUGUUUGCUUUCACCGUGAGCACAAAUUUGAGGAAAAAACCCUAUAUGCAGUCACUUCUACAGAGCUUUUCAAAUUAAUACAAGUGUACAUUUUGUUUUCAGUGUUAUAGCCAACAAAAUAUAAACUGUAAAGGUAUUUUUCCACAAGACUUGAACUUUAACCUGUUUAUAGAAACCUGUUUUUAGUGUCCCAAGGUGUGUUAAGGCUCACCCAGAUCCAGUAUAGACAAUACUGUUUGAAUGAUGUACGCUUGAUACGAGCUCGUCUCUAAUAGAUUGUUGAAGUGAGUCAUUGGUAAUAUUUUGGUCCUGCUAACAUCACCAUACUUUGUGCUGCUCAUAUCCAAAUAAACGAUGCAGUUUUUCAGUUUCUGUGUGUAAAUAAUAAUUAAAAAAAAUGUAUUAAGUUCUAUAAUCUCUCUGUUACCUCUAUAGUUUUUAAACAUU